AUGUCGGGACACGCCAAAUUCAUGAAAGAACUGGUUACAAAGAAAAGGAGUUUGGACUAUGAUACGAUUCAGGUCCCCCAUAGUUGCCAUGCAAUUAUGACAAAUGAUUCAAUCAUUAAGAGAGAAGAUCCUAGGGCAUUCACAAUUUCGUGCACAAUUGGCAUGCUCCAAUUCGCUAAAGCUUUGUGCGAUUUAGGAGAAAGCAUCAACUUGAUUCCCUAUGCAAUAUACAAGCAACUUGGUUUGGGUGAACCAAAGGCAACCACAAUGAGGCUCCUUAUGGCUGAUCGAUCAAUCAAGCACCCACUGGGUACACUCUAUGACAUAAUGGUAAAAGUGGAUCAGUUCAUCUUUCUACCUGACUUUGUGAUUCUAGAUUAUGAGAUCGAUGCUGAAAUCCCCAUUAAUUUGGGAACGCCAUUCUUAGCUACGGGAGAGCAUUGGUGGAUGUUGAACGCGAGAAAUUGA